AUGAAAAUGCCAAAAAUAUUCAUUGGGAAAGUCGUGGAAGACUACAGGAAGAGAGCACUCCAUUUUGCAUUCACUUUCAAAGAUGUUCUUUAUAAGUUACUUGUGGUUUUAUUGACCACAACUGUCCUUAUAUGGCUCUCAGUGUUUCUCUAUGGUGUUUUCUACUAUCUCUACAUGCCAGCAGUUGCACAUACGCGACCAGUGCACUUCAUUUUUGAGCCUUGCAAGGAAGAAGCUGGAUUAUGUAGCUUUCCAUCAGCCAAUGUAACCUUGGCACAACGUUUCAAGGAUCACCUCUUGAUGAGAGGACAGCAGUACCAUGUACUCCUUGAUCUUGACAUGCCUGAAUCACCCAUGAAUCAACAGCUUGGCAUGUUCAUGGUGAAGAUAGACCUGAAGGAUUAUGAUGGGAAUGUGAGAAAGAGUGGGACACGAGCAGCGAUGCUGCGUUAUCGCUCAUUCCUUCAUCAGUUAGUUUACACUCUGGCAUUUGCUCCAGUGCUGCUCACCGGAACUUUUGAAGAAAAGCAACUUGUCACCGUGGAGCUUCUCAGUCUCUUUGAGGAUGAUCCUAAUGACCCAGUGACACAUGCCAUCAUUGAAGUACAAAGUCGCCAUGUUCAAAUCUAUGGAGCUCAGCUGCGAGUUCAUGCUCAUUUCACAGGCCUCAGAUACCUCAUGUUCCAUUUUCCGGUGUUAUCAGCCGUGAUUGGAAUUGCAACAAACCUCUUCUUCCUCAUCUUGGUGGCUAGCUUCUCCUGGUAUCACUGGGUCUUCCUCCCCUACCAUGAAAAUGUGGUCAGGGUGGGUUUUGAUGAUGCCACGUACAAGAGCCUCGAGGCAAGACGAGCAGAACUCAAGGAGAGGAUGGAGAAGCAAAAGCACAUGAAGGUUGACUCAAGGUUGAGAUCAAGGAGCCUGAGCUAUGAUUCCCUGCCAGUGAUUGAGGAGUAUGAUACAGGAAAGGAGAGACACAAAAUUGAGAAUCUCUCCUCCUUGCCCUCAUCCAAUGAAAGUCUCCAUCAACCCCGAAAAAUCACUCGAGUGUCCACCAAAGAAGCCCUUUCCAUCUUGAAGGAUUCCUCCCCUGGUACCCCUUCUUUUGGGAGUGAAGAGGAAAGAGAAGGG